AUGAGUCUUGAGGAUGAGAGAGCAUUUUCUGAGGAUGAAGAGGAGAAGCUUCAAGGAGCUCUAGCACUAGAACCUGAUGAUCUUCACAUUGUUUUAGAGACUUCAGCAUUUAUCCUUGAGCAGGCUGCUUAUCACAAUGCCAAGCCACAACUGCUUAAACAGCAGUUACAGAACAUUGAAUUACAAGAUGAAAAGGUUCAGGCCCUUGUAGAUUUGUGGACUGCAAAUGGAAAGUCUGUUGUAGAAAAGUUGAAACAAAGAUGUCUUGCACCUAAACAGCUUCAAGCAGUAAACUGGAGGUUGAAUCUGCAAAUGGCUCAAAGCAAUAUGACGAAGAUGAAACUACCUAAUGUCAUGUUUGAUCUGAAUCUGUCUUCUGGAAGCCAGGGUAAUACAGAACAAGUUCACCUCGAAUUUACUCAUGACGAACUGUAUGCUUUUUAUAAUCAAUUGGAGACCAUUCAGAGUCAGCUUGAUUCACUCAGUUAACCUCACGUGUUGUGAAAGCCAAGCAACUGACAAUAAUUCUAGGUUGACUGCAACUAAUACUCUUCACCAAUUAACAUACACAACAUUCAAGAUUUUUAUUAAAAUUCAAAUUCAUUUUAUGCAAGCUAAAUGCAACACAUAGACAAGAAAAUGCAACCCCUAGCAUAGCUUGCAAAUAUUUGCGAGAAGUAUAGAAUAGUGUUAGCCUAAGUCUUCUGGUACAUUGUUCUGUUUACUGCAAGAUGAUUCCUUCUUCUAAGCAAUAGUAAAUGGCAUGAUGACCACACAUUGCAAUAACAAUAUUUUUUUGUUGAUCUCCCGUUAUGUGAAAUUCUGUGCUCAAACUAUUAGUCACACAGUUAAUCAUUACAUACAAAUGAGAAAUUUAUAACUACUAACAGUGUUUAGUAGACAGUUUACAGCCCUCUAUUUUCUCGUAUUUUUAUUCAAUUGUUGAAUGCGUGGAUAGAAUUGUGAGAGAACUGGAUGCCAUCACAAAAUGGAGACUUGACUGGAUAGGGGGUAGGGACUAACCCCUACCUAGUGAAGUCCAGCCCUCACCCAUGCAUGCAUCGCGCUCACUUCGCUCGCUUUUUCUUUUGCAUGUGUAACUAGAGAGGUUGUGAAGAGUCUAAAAUCUUGACUCUUAAAUCUUCACGUUUCUUUGAGUGGUAUAUGUUGAUCGUAAAUAAGCCCCAUAAUAGAUACAUAAGGUAAGGAAAGAUGGAUGGAUUGAUAAAUAAGGUCAUGAACCACAGUUUUUGUACAUUUUUAAAAAAUAAUAAUAACUUUUAUAAGAAGAUUACUAGCAAUAAAAUAGCACAAUAGGCUCGCCGA